GCGGCAGCGGCUCUUGGCUCCUCGGCUUCAGUCGCGGCGCCCCUCCAGCCCCGAGUCCCGCGCAGAGUCCCCUGGCGCCCCCGACCGGGUGCCCCCGACGGUGGAUCUAGAGACUGCGAGGAGGCGGACACCGGUCCCGGCGAGCUCUAGUCCCGGCCCCCGGCCCCGGGCCCGGCUCCGACUCCGGCAUGGAUGUGAGGUUCUACCCGGCGGCGGCCGGGGACCCCGCCGGCCUGGACUUCGCGCAGUGCCUGGGGUACUACGGCUACAGCAAGUUUGGAACUAACAACAACUACAUGAACAUGGCUGAAGCGAACAGCGCAUUCUUUGCUGCUAGUGAGCAGACAUUUCAUACGCCAAGCCUUGGCGAUGAGGAGUUUGAAAUCCCACCCAUCACUCCUCCUCCAGAGUCAGACCCUGCCCUGGGCAUGCCUGAUGUCCUUCUGCCCUUCCAAAGCCUGGCGGAUCCACUGCCUUCCCAGGGAAGUGAAUUCACACCUCAGUUUCCACCUCAAAGCCUAGAUCUUCCUUCCAUUACAAUCUCAAGAAACCUUGUGGAACAAGAUGGUGUGCUUCAUAGUAGUGGGUUGCAUAUGGACCAGAGCCACACACAAGUCUCCCAGUACCGUCAGGAUCCCUCCCUGAUCAUGAGAUCCAUCGUGCACAUGACCGAUGCUGCUCGCUCUGGGAUCAUGCCUCCGGCCCAGCUCACCACCAUCAACCAGUCUCAACUCAGUGCUCAGCUGGGGUUGAAUUUGGGAGGUGCCAGUAUGCCCCACACAUCGCCUUCACCUCCAGCAAGCAAAUCAGCAACUCCCUCACCUUCUAGCUCCAUCAAUGAAGAGGACGCUGAUGAAUCCAACAGAGCCAUUGGAGAGAAAAGAGCUGCGCCAGAUUCUGGCAAGAAGCCCAAGACUCCAAAGAAAAAGAAAAAGAAAGAUCCCAACGAGCCCCAAAAGCCGGUGUCAGCAUAUGCCCUGUUUUUCAGAGACACGCAAGCUGCAAUCAAAGGUCAGAACCCUAAUGCAACCUUUGGAGAAGUCUCCAAAAUCGUAGCCUCUAUGUGGGACAGCCUCGGAGAAGAACAAAAGCAGGUUUAUAAAAGGAAAACGGAAGCUGCCAAAAAAGAGUACCUGAAGGCCCUGGCCGCAUACAGGGCGAGCCUGGUGUCCAAGGCUGCCGCAGAAUCAGCAGAAGCGCAGACCAUUCGUUCUGUUCAGCAAACCCUGGCUUCGACUAAUCUCACAUCCUCUCUCCUUCUCAACACUCCACUCUCUCAACAUGGGACAGUUUCAGCAUCACCUCAGACUCUCCAGCAAUCGCUUCCUCGGUCCAUUGCUCCCAAGCCCUUAACCAUGAGACUGCCCAUGAACCAGAUUGUCACAUCAGUCACCAUUGCAGCCAACAUGCCAUCGAACAUUGGGGCCCCACUGAUAAGCUCCAUGGGAACAGCCAUGGUUGGCUCAGCGUCCUCCACCCAAGUGAGCCCUUCAGUGCAAACCCAGCAACAUCAGAUGCAGUUGCAGCAGCAGCAGCAGCAGCAACAGCAACAACAGCAGCAGCAGCAGCAGAUGCAGCAGAUGCAGCAGCAGCAGAUGCAGCAGCAUCAAAUGCAUCAGCAAAUCCAGCAGCAGAUGCAGCAGCAGCAUUUUCAGCACCACAUGCAGCAGCACCUGCAACAGCAGCAGCAUCUCCAGCAGCAAAUCAGCCAACAGCAGCUGCAGCAACAUCUCCAGCUGCAGCAGCUGCAACACAUGCAGCACCAGUCUCAGCCUUCUCCUCGGCAGCACUCCCCGGUCACUUCCCAGAUCACGUCCCCCAUCCCUGCCAUUGGGAGCCCCCAGCCCACCUCUCAGCAGCACCAGUCGCAAAUACAGUCGCAGACACAGACUCAAGUAUUAUCGCAGGUCAGUAUUUUCUGAAGGCGCAUGCGGCAAAUGGAGUUGGUGUCUCGAGGAGGGUGGCAUAGUAGGGUAAAACCGGAUGUGGCGGAAACUUGUAAGCUGGUGUUGGUUAUGCAGCGAUGUGUAACAGAUCAAACGGUCCUCUCACGUGUCUAUUAGAUAGGCAAUAAGAACUACAGUGUAGCUGGCUAUCAUCGUUUAGCUAACUAUAAAUCACUUGGUUUUUAAACAGGAAAAGCUGUGCUCUUUUAUGUGAUGCCUUUUUUAUUUAUUCAGGCUAUACCUACAAUAUGUGAAUCAAACCCCUUAAUGAAUCCUGGGACAUACUGAUGACUAUAAACUGGCCUCUCUCAGUCACAGAACACGGCCUUAUUUCUCCCCAAGUGAAUAAGCCACACUUCAAGGCUCUUUGAACGUCCGAAGCCCUAAAAAUAAAAAAGCACAGUUGUAACUACCUGAAAUAUGAAGAUUCAGUUUCAUACAAACGUUUGUAUGAUAUGAAUAGUUGAUGGCGUUUUUUUGUCAUGAGAAAACUAAUGUAAAUCACAGACUUUUGCCAAAGCUCUUAUUUUUUUUCUUAAAUUUCUCCAGAAGAGAGAAAAAAAAAAUUGCAAGUGAUUAGAUUCAAUUAUUGACUCGCUUUCACUUUUUCUCCAAAUCAAACUGCAGUAUCUGUUGUAACAACACCUAUGACCGCUGUUAGCCCAUGAUGUCAUUCCAACUAGAAGAAAUGUGAAUAUUAUAUUCUGUGUUUUGAGUGAUGAGUUUCGAAAAAUAAAAACACUGUAUUUUUCAAAGGGAAAUGCACUUAAAUGGAAACAGUUAUUACAAAAGUUAAGAUUUAAAAAAAAAUCAAGAGGUUUUAUUAUGAUGUAAUACUGGUAGAAUAUUUAAAAGGGACAGCACAUCUGAAUAAUCAGUGUAAAUAUUUUCUUUCAAAGUUGUAAGUUUUCAUAUCAUGUGUUGUAAAGUUUUCAUAAAUGAGGCUUUAAGGUAAACACUGGUGGCAUAAACCAUUCAUUGCUACGUUGCUUAUUGUGUUUUUAUGCUGUUUUAUACUUUUUUUAUGAGUUACGAUAGCAGCAAUUAAGUUGUUUGUAUUUUGCUUAACUAAAAAAAUGCUUUUAUCUUGCUAUAGAAUAAACACAUUUCAGUAAAAACCGUGGACUGUAUUUUGAUGCAACAACAAGGAAACUGUUCACGUUUCAAAUAAAAUGAUCUGUCAGAUUUC